GGACCCUUUGAAAAUACAACAAUUGCAGAACCAAAUUCGACUGGAACAAGAGGGCAGCCAGUGGUACCAUCAGCAGUCCAGUGUCCCACAGAACCCUCCCCCUUCCCCACCUUUCCCUCCUCCGCCAUCUUUCCAAGAGCUUGAGGCCAGCCAAUCUGUCUCUUUCCCAGAUCAGAUGAAUGUUCUCACCUCCCACUCUUCUCCCGUCAUGCAGUCCUCAAGCUCCUUCAACUACGCUAGGCCCAAACAAUUCAUUGCUGCUCAGAACAUCAGCCCUGCCUCAGGUUAUGUGACUCCUUCCUCGAGUUCUUCCACCUCCAGCCUCCCAUCUCCCAUGUCUCCGACUGCUACGCAGAAACAGUUCGGCCGAGUGCCCGUGCCACCCUUCUCUCAACCAUUUCCCUCUGAAGGGGAAUAUCUGUGGUCUCCUUCUUCACCCUCCCCUCCACCCCCUCCUCCUCCAGUCUUCAGUCCCACCACAGCUUUUCCUAUGUCCGAUUCCUUUCCACUCCCUCCUCCCCCUCCUCCUCCUCUCCCAGGAUCAGCUCCCUCACCUUCUUUCUGCCCUUCUCCAAAUGCCCGUUUCGGUCACUCCAAUCAAACUCCAGCAGCCUUCCUCAGCUCCAUGUUGCCAUCCCAGCCUGCUCCUGUCGCAGUCAACGCAUUGGGACUUCCCAAAAGCGUCACCCCUGUGUAA